AUGUUCAAAGAGUCUGUUCGGGACCUAAUCAAGAUAUGCUUUCCAGAUGGCUUUCCGAAAAAGAUCGGUCUCAAUGUGAUCCAGCCACACAUGAGCGAGGCAGGGGCGACGGAGAAGAAAAUAUCGCAGAUGUCAGAUCUCUUCCGAUCGGAGAUGAUUCAUCAGCUGGCUUGGAUACUGGCUGGGUAUAUGGAGACCCCCGAGAAAAUUGAGCUUGAUUUAUUGGAUGCGGACGACCUCCCUUCUCACUUCGAGACCAAGGUUGACCUUUUUGCUUACCAUGCCUUGGCGAUUGUGAAACGGGGCCUCGGCACUAAAGCCACCGAUAAGAGGAUUCGGCGCAAAAUGGACGAGAUCUUGGCCGCAAUGUCCAAGGAAGAGAUUCGGAAGUGGAAAGCCAGUUUUUGA